UUUUUGUAUGGAUCAUGGAUAGAUUAUAUAACUGACUUAGAACAAGUGUAGGAGGACAAAUCCUGACCAGCCUGUGUUGACUCUCUUCUACGAGGACAUGAAGCAGCAUCAGAUGCGGGAAAUGAGGAAGAUAUGUGAGUUCGUUGGUGUAGAAAAAACGGAUGACUUCCUGUCCAGAGUCUGUGCCAACAAAACAAUGAAAGCCAUGGGAGCCAUGAAGAAGGAGACAAGAGAAAAUGGCCUGUUUAGAAAGGGUGGAGUAGGUGACUGGAAGAACUGGUUCACUGUCGCCAAGAACGAGUGGUUUGAUCAGUUGUACCAGGAAAAGAUGGCCGACUGCCCCCUUCAGUUCAAAUACACAUUGUAACUUGUCUGUUCUCCAUUCAAAUUAAUACCGUGUUAUUCACCAUAGUGGUAUUGUUUUUGUCUUAUCAAUAUGAAUAUUUAAUCCAGUCUUUUAACCAUCGAAUGUGUUUGUAUCAGCCCUGUAGACACACUGUUUGAGUGUAUGAUAUUGACCACAUAUGUAAGUUUAAUACGCCUUCAAAUUUGAGAUCCUGUCAUUCCAUUAAUGUUUUCCAAAGGAUAAUUUGUAAUGACUUUCGAAAAUCAUAUGUGCAACUAUAAUAAAAGACAUCUGUCUGCGUUA